AUGGCGAAUCCUCAGGGUACAACACGUGGCGCUUCGCAUGCCCUUUCGAAUCUCGAAGAGACCACAAGUACAACGGACUGGAUCAACCACAAUGUGACGUUCCCGACCGAUUCGUACGAUCUUGAUGAUCCAGAGCCCUUGCUCGAACUUGAUCACUACGUUGUACAAUUGCUUGGUAUUCUGGAUAUUGCUGUGGACGAGACGGCCUCUGAUUUGGAACGUUCCAUAACCGAGAUUGGCCGAGGCAUACCGCGUUUGACCUACGACCUCAAUCUCAUGCGAGAAGGCGCAUUUGUUCUCCAGAGUUCUCUGGCCCACCUUCAACAGAGGACGCGGACGGUCGGCCACGAGGAAAUCACCCAUACGCUCAACACUCUACACCUUCUGGAUCGCGGAAGGAGGAACAUGGAAGCGGCACGACAAUUGUUACUGGAAGCUCAGAGCUGGAAUACUCUCGAAUCCGAAGUCACUUCUCUGCUCGUUGAACAAAGUUAUGAGAAGGCCGCCGAGCGUCUGUCUGAAGCAACCAAGUCAGUUGUUGUCUUCGAGAAUACCCCAGAAUACGAUGCUCGACGUACUCUGCUGGUUAGCCUUCAGAAUCAACUCGAAGCCUCUCUCAGCUCUGCCCUCGUGACUGCAUUCAACACGCAAGAUGUCGCUGUUUCCCGCAGGUUCUACACGGUCUUCCGCAACAUCGAUAGGGAAACCGAAUUCAGGAAUUACUACUACGGCUCCAGACGUAGUGAACUGUUGAAGGCAUGGAGAGCGGCCGUCCUCGCAGAAUGCAGUAGCACUGGCGAACCUCCAGAACCCGGUUGCGCGCCAAAGCGGAAAGAGUCACAACGCUUUUCUACGUUCCUAGCGAGCUUCUAUGCCGCGCUGUUGUCAGUCGUAGAGGCUGAACGCCAGACCAUUCCAUCCAUCUUUCCUGAUCCCGAGUCAACGUUAUCCAGUCUAAUAGUCUCCAUCUUCAGCUCACUGGAUCCUUCCAUGUCAGACCGCCUUACCUCCGUCGUGUCCUAUCAUGGCGCCUCCGCCAUUCAUGAACUCAUCAAUGCUUUCCGCGCCACGCAGGACUUCUCUGCAGCCCUGUCGAAAUCUAUGGAGAAGACAAGACUAGCAAGUGCUCAUCCAUCAUGGCUCGCGGAUGAUGCCGCCUCCCGUACGGCUUCAAUGCGGACACACAUUCGCCGUCGCUCCGAGCGGCUAUCGUUCUCUAGACGCCUCCCUGAACGUAGGAUGUCAACGCUGGAAACCGAUGUGUCACAAAGCGUAUCUGAAUGGGAACAGGCGAUUUUCGAAUCUUUCAUCCCGACACAAUCCGACUACGGAAUCCUCGAGAUCCGGGCAUUGGACGAAGCUCUACGUAAUCUCAUGAAUCCCUCCACUUCCCGAGCUUUGGAGGCGGAUGCAGCUCGCUUGCUUCGCGAACGGACGGUCGAUGUCCUGAGUUUAGCUGAAGACAGUCUGGGCCGCUGCAUGUCGUUCACGUACGGAAUUGGUGCCUUUGAGGCCAUUCGUGCGGACGAUCACCUACUCGCCUCUUUCGUCAACAUGUCCAGCGGAGCAAUCUUCGGAGCAGGAUAUCUCUCCCUCGGUCGCGAGCAGCUUAGUGUACCUGUGAGUGAAGAGCUGUCGCAUCUCGAUUAUAGCGGAUCGGACUGGUCCGGCAUACAGUCCUGCCUACGCUUGUUGGAAAGUUUGCGCUCGCUACUCGAUCGCGUCUCAGCGUUCGAGUUGAAACUGUCGGGAAUGCUAGUGCAGGUUGCCGCGACGCUCAAAGGAUUACAAGACGAAGCCCCACACGUAACCGACAGCAACCGGGGGAGUAUACGUCUUCUAGCAAACUCUGUUCUUAAUAGCGCAUCUCUUCACCACCUUCUCCACGAAGUCGAGUCCAAGACUUACGAGACAACAUCCCCUUCCGCAAUACCUUCGCAAACCCAGCCAUUGCAGUCGCAGAGUCGCACGUUUCGGCCAUUGCUUGAGGACAGUCGCUCAGCGAUUUCAGCCUUUGCUCGUAGAUGCCAAGGCGCUCUACAGGAUAUUAUUUUAUCGCCUUUGCGCCAACGACUGUCGUCAUACCCCACUCUCUCCGAUUGGGCCACGAACAACGCCUCGUCGUCUCAGUCAUUCGCGUCAAGUAUAAGCAACUUGCAGGUCCCCUCCUUCUCGCUGUCACCCACGAGCAUUAUGCAAGACCUCACUGAAGGCUUGCUCAAUCUGCCAAGGUUAUUCGAAAUCUACGCGGAAGACGAAGCGCUCUCCUUCUCAGUCGGCACGCUUCCUUUUCUAAGAAGUGACGUGCUCGCCGCGUUAUGGGACCAAACUACUCCCGUCAUCAUUCACGCUAUCGAGACCUCCAGAGUAGGCCACGCCCGUCGCUCCCCUUCACUGUCGGUGAAAUCCGUCCCGCUAGCGAUGCCCUCCCAUUUAUCGCCUGAAAGCGUUACGUCGGCCUGGCUCUCUGCAUUGGGCUCGUCCGUCACAUCUCACUUCGUGCAGGAUGUCCUACCGCAGAUCCAACGACUGACUGACGCAGGUGCGGCUCAACUCUCUUCGGACCUCGAGUAUUUGUGCACGAUCGUGGCUGCCCUUAACGUCGAGUCUGAUGAUCUGAAGAGAUGGAAGGAGUGUGUAGAUAUGGACUCAAACGCGUAUCAAGCCUUUCGGUCAACGAAUGGUGAACCGGAUCAAAUAUUGAACCUCGUGGCAAGGAUGAGGGGCUGGUGAUUGUUGACAGCUCUGUUAAUUGAUGGAGGACGAGGGCGAGCAUAUUGCAAAACGUAGGAUGUGAAUAUUA